CGAAACGUUCGUGUGUGCGCGAGAGUGAGAGUCGCGACCAGCAGAAAAAAAGGCAAGUGGAGGCUGACUGUGGACUGUGGACGGUGGUGUCUUUCGGGAAAAAAAGGGCUUGCUGAAGAAAGACAAAAUCCUCCCGUUGAGGUUUGUGAAGUUUGGUUUCGGGAGGUGAAGUGCAAGAUUCGAAUCGCGAGGAUUUCCGGACGAGUUUGAAGCUAUUGGGACCCGAUUUCGUGGAACAAGGACUACCAUUAGCUCACACUCGCGUUUGAUGUGACAUUGUCUGGUUACGUGAAAACUUUCCGGAAGGGAUCUGCCAAACUGGACUUGUGCAUAAUAAGAGAAAGAUUCCGGCCAAGGGCAAGGCGUGGAUGGAUAAAUUGUGAAACAACAUUUGCGAAGUUGAAAAACUAAGAUUGUGACGAUCGUUCGAAUCAAUACUGGGCAGGGAAAAAGUUUUCCCUUGUGCAAGGCGUGGAAGAAAAUCUGUCCGGAUUGGAUUGCAGUUUAGUAAGAGCUCAGUGCUUCGGUUUCCAAACUAUCGUUGAUAUUUGUGUGUUGGUGUUCUGUUUUCCUCAACAGGGACAAUGGCUUGAACUUGAUCAGUGCAGUUAAAACAACGGAAAGCUUCGCAAAAAAGCAUCAAGUAAAGCCUUUCCAUUUUUGUAUUGCCCCUUGAACGUCAAACACUGUUAAACGACACGGCAGCCACACUCAUUAAACACCAAGCCCUAUGGUUAUAAUUUGACUACGCGAGCUCAAGUGAUCCCCUACCAUGAUCCAACGGCAAUGGAGCUCAGAUCACAACCAACAGAGCCAUCGAUACCCUUCGACCCAGUGGGAGCAUCCACACCGGCAUCAAACGCUGCUGCUGAUUUCGAAACCGUCGUCGGCUCAAGAGCACCAGUAACGACCUCAACAGGUCUCGUAAGCAGUUCUUGACAGCGGCUGGUCGAAGCCGUACCGGACCUAACCACCCUCUUAACUCGGGGAACUCUUCGAUUCCUCACUUUUAGAUUGUUUUUAAACAAUUAGCUUUCUCUCUCUGCUUCUAAAACUGGCAAUGCUACGACCUUUGCCGACGCUCAAACUUAUUUGAUAUUCAAUGUUAGUGAACCCGACGAAUAAUCUUUUUAUACUCAACGAAUUGUGAAACUAGUGAUUUAGAAAGUACGAACCCGAAAACGAGCAGUUGUUAGUGAAACUCGAAAAUAAAACCGCAUUUGGAGAAUUGAAUAAAGUGCCGAAUCAGCAGAAGAAUCGAAAUCACUGAAUACCACGAUUUAUUCGAAUCAUAUUUUCUAUCGCAGCUCUUAGAACAAAAAAUAAUAAUAAUAAUACCCUCAGCUGAUGCAGUUGACGCAGCUCAUGAAUAACCCGAAGAAAUAGUGUGUUGAAUUUAUUCUCGUUAGUGUAACUAGUAAAUAACAAAAAAACAAAGUUGUAACUGUGUAGUGGAAAGUCCAACCAAUAAAGGGAAGUGAAAAAACCCGUGAAUGAAACAAUCAGCGACAUAGUGAAAUUUGUUGUAGGUCUCAGUACGAAACCCAUCGCUACGAUCACUGAAAAUCUACUGAAGAAAUCGAUAAACACUCGACGGAAGAUCGCGCUACUGGGAAUGGAUACAAGCAUCGAAAAAUAAUCGUAUUCGGAUCGUCCUUCCAGUGGAUUAGUUGUUGAAUAUUGUUGAUUCUGCAUGAAAGCACUGCUAUGGAUUAUUUAGUGCUUCCACUUUUCGUGGGGUUUCCCUAUGUGAACAUUUUCUAGGCGCUGUUGUGUCAACGAUUCGAAAGCGGACGAUAUGGGCACAGCAUGGCCUCAGAAGUACUAUUCAUCGAAAGGACAUGCCAGCGCAAUUCUAGCCCAGAACAAGAACUUCUCGCACGUGGAAGUAGCAAAUGCAUUUACACAGCAAACGAUAGAAGAACCGACAGCGCAACCACGGCGACGACGACCUCCGUCGAACAGAUCGGAACUGAUAACAACUGCAUGCGAUGGGAUCGCUAUAGCUGCAUUUCCUCAUCGCCGAAAGUCAAGCAGCAAACGCAACGAAAACACAGAUGCGGUCGAAGUGGACCUUCCCGGUGGCCAAGCGGGCGACCGGUGCUCAAGCCAUCGAUUUCCACAAUCCAGCGCAGACGACAUCGAUGGAGUAUGUCCGGUAGCGGCCGUGCUGCCGCUCUCUCUGUGGUGGCUACUUUUCGCAAAGGCAAUCUUUUCUACAAUACACAAUCCUGGUCAAUACUGGUUAAGGCCACGCAUGGAAAGGUGGCGUUUCGCCACUGCCGGCGACCAUGGAAGCAUAAAAGCGCUUCAACGAAGUCAUGCAACAGCCAAGAUAACAACAACAACCAUGAAUGCUUCCAACCAACUAACACUAAUACUUUUGAUAACACGAACUCUAUUGUUAAGAAGACUAGUGCUUGCCACCGGCGCCGUGGUGGCCCUGCUAUCCGACCGGAUCCAGACGAACAAGAAACAACCGAACGCUGCCAUAGUAUCCAGUACAGUAAAACGAAGACGCUGCCGUUUGCGGCCGAGCUGGCCACAGCCGUACGACUACUCCAACUGCUGCUGGUCAUCAUCGUAUCGUCAUCCACUUCCGUAUUCAGCGGCAUCUGCAUCGGCAUCAGCAACGACAGUAGUAGCAAUCAUUUCUCACUCAGUGCCACGUCGUCGGCACCAUGGCGACGACAAAGACAAAGUCGAAGAGAGCUGCAGCAGCAACAGCAACAGCCACCAGUGGCCAAUAGCAAUCCAAGUAGUAGCAGUUAUACCAGUAGUUGCGGCGAAAGCGAAAAUGAGGGGGACGCCACCGAAGAGGAUCGGCUGCUCGAUCGAAGACGAAGACGGUGGUAUCGAGCGCGGCAGCAUGGUGCAAGCUGCACCGCUAUCGCAUCCGGCGGUGUUCAGAAAGUGGUCCGACUGUUCCUGCCAGCACUGCUCAUUGUUAACAUGUUCACGUUUCUCCAUGGAGCGACGGCCGCCGAUAUUAUUGUAGACGCUUCGGUCGGGGUCGCCGUUGCCAGCGCGUACACGGACUCCCGAGCCCGUAUCUCGAUGGUGCAGUACUUGGAACCCCUGUCCAGACCUACCAAGGCCCCAAAGUGUGAUCAAACGUUCGUGUCCCGGAGCGGGGGUCCCUCGAAUGGAACGUUCAGCGCACCGAUGCUCACCAACCCGACGAACCACUCGCGCCAGUGUCUGUACAUCUUCCUAGCAGGUCCCGGCCAGCGGGUCGACGUCACCUUCACGUCGUUCAACCUGAGAGGAUCACCACCGGACGGAUCGGCAGUUGGUGAGCUUCCAGCUUGCGUCCACGAGUACAUGGACGUGUACGCCGAAGUGCAGUCAUCCGACCCGGCCGAACUGAUCAACUCGCCCUUCGGCGGACGCUACUGUGGACCUAUACCGCCACGUCGUCGUAUUUCAUUAUAUCGUGCUAUUGCAUUGUCAUUUUAUACGGAUAAAAACUCGACAACACCUGAUAUAUUCGAGGGUCGAUAUGCCUUUAUUAAUGAAUCUGAAUAUGAGAUUGGUCAGCCAGUAAUUGGGUCGCCAUGUUCCUAUGUAAUUAAUUUUGCUCAGAAACGUACGGGUGCUAUUAUAUCACCAACUUAUCCAGGUGCCUAUCCAAAAGAUAUGUCGUGCACAUAUCAGUUCAUUGGAAAACCGAACCAGCGAGUGCGAAUCGAGUUUCGUGACUUCGACCUGUUCUUUGGCGGACCGCACUGCCCGUUCGACUACGUUCGGGUGUUCGACGGGCAGGACAACACGUCCGCCGUGAUCGGGACGUACUGCGGCCAGCAGAGGAACCUGGUCCUGUACUCGAGCGAGCAGUUUCUGUUCGUGCACUUUUCGACGCUGCAACGAACCGCCAACACGCAGAACCGUGGUUUUAAGGGAAUUUUUGAAUUUAGUGAAAGUUUUGUUAAGUUAGAUUUUAUUCGAGAAAACGACGGAAUGCAUAUACGAGGCUCCGAAUGUGAUCAGAAAAUCUUAUCGAAAAAAGAAUCGACCGGAUACGUAUACUCGCCAAAUUAUCCUUUUCCUUAUAUACCGAAAGUAGUUUGUAGAUAUUUCGUUUACGGUAUGCAAGACGCUCAGAAUCUGGAACGGGUGAAGCUUGAGUUUUCGAUUUUCGAAAUUCCGAAAGGCGAGCAAAAGGGCGAUUCCAACUGCACGGACGGCUACCUAAAGGUCUACCUCAAGGGCCAAGAGGUAGCAGAUGCGUACGAUAAAUUCGAUCACGAGCUGUGUGGCAACGAGCUUCCGCACGCGGUCAUUAGCGACGGGCCGCGAUUGGUGAUGGUGUUCAGUUCCGGAGACUUUCAGGGACGCGGUUUCAAGGCGAAGUACACGUUCGAAACGGAGUACAAGAUACCGGGGACGGCCGCCCCGGACGGUACUUGCAGCUUCACGUAUCGGAGCACUUCGCGUAAAAAGGGCGAGUUCAAUAGCCCUCGGUAUCCGUCAAAUUAUCCAUCGGAGACAAACUGUUCGUACGUUUUUUUGGCGACCCCCAACGAGCAGGUUACGAUUGUGUUCGACCACUUCAAGGUGAAAGCCGACGGUGCAAAUACGACCUUUGGAGCGUAUGGGGCUUCCGUGUGCUUUGAGGACUGGCUGGAGAUGUACGUCUUGUACAGGGAUGGGUCGGAUCGGUUUCUCGGGAGGUACUGCAGCCUAACGGCACCGGGGCCAGUGGAAAGCCCCCGUGGAGCGGUGGGCAUUCGUGUGGUGUUGCACACAGAUCAGGAGAACGUAGCCAGUGGCUUCAAAGCGCGUUACAUAUUCGAAACUGCCAAAUCGGUUUUCGGCGACUGUGGCGGAAACUUCUCCGGUGAAGAUUCCGGCAUUGUGGCGUCGCCGAAUUUUCCCGCAAAUUACGAUGCUCCCGGCAAGGGGUUGGCUUCGAGGGCCUGCAAUUGGUACAUCACAGCACGGAUAGGGUACAAAAUUAUGCUCUACUUCGACUACUUUGCCAUCGAGGGAGAACCUGCAACUCGGGGUUGUGCAGCUGCGGUUCUUCGCCUGUGGCUGUCACCAGAAUCGGAUAUGCCUCCUAUAGAGAUGUGCGGAGAAAAGCCCGCCAUGGAAAACUGGCAGUACGUAACCCAAGGCCAGACCGCACGAAUCAGUUUCACCAGUGCGGACAAGGCCAUUGGUGCACAGGGCUUCCGCAUAAUCUGGACCGAGGUGCAGGAAACUCCCGUGGGGUCAAGUUCUACGUUGUCGCUGCUGUGCGAGUCCACGUACCACUGGCAGUGUCAAAUCUCGGGCUUCUGCCUCUCGGAUCGGCUGCGAUGCGACGGCGUCAAAAACUGCGGCGCCUCGGACAAUAGCGAUGAAAUGCACUGUACCAUCAUCAUUCCCGAGGAGGAUCACGGCGCUCUAAUAAUAAGCUGCAUAGCCGCCGCCUCGUUCCUAAUCUGUCUCCUCUGCACUCUCUGUCAUCGAAAAAGAAAACGCAGACAUCACAGACAGCUGGGGCUGCAUAGGAACGCCGCCCACUACGACUCGACGACCAGCGCGACCGGGAUAAGUUUAGGUUCCAGCAGACGGCACCUGCAGGCCGGUGGUAGCCUGUCUGGCAGCUUGCACGGUAUCAACAACAGCGAACCGAUGCAAAUCCCGCCAGCACCACUGCCACCCGUUAGUGUACCGCCGCACGUGUGCAUCAACGACACUUUGCUGGAUCCGGAUGACCUCAACGAUGACCUGUUUAUGAACAGCUGUGACCGCUUCGACGACAAUGGUGAGUGUGUAUAGCGGUGAGCGAGACCGACGACGGCGAGGGGGCUUUUCCAUCAGCACUGCAGCAUUUGCCACUUCUGCCAGCACCUCUACCGGGGACAAUACUGUUGCUCGUUUUACUAUUACUACCCGUACGACUACUGUUCCUCGUUGCUGGCCAUGCUUUGCCUUGGCAACCGCAUCCCCAGUGUCGAUAGCACUCGUCGGCUAACGAGAACAUUCAGCGGCAGCGACAGCAACGGCGGCCAAGGUAACGACUUCCAAGCAAUUCGAAGUCGCCGACUCCAGAACUACGAUUACGAAGACUACUAUCAACAGAACAGCUAUCAUAACAAUCACCAGCACCAGCACCACUACCACCAUCAUCACCAACAGCAAGAACAACAAUAUCCAGCUAUAGAAGGCACAAACGUUGACACUACGAAGAUUAUUUACUAUUAAACGUCCUUCUUCGUGAAACUUGUGCGGAAACAGCAAAAACGAACUCACGAUCCCUGUAGCCGUAGUCGUAGGAGACUUCCAGGUCUUCUGCCACGUUCGAACCCAGGCAAACAAAACCAGAACAGAUUAACAAGGCAUUAACAAUAAAGACACAAGGAUAAAACUAACAUUAGAUAAACUAAAUAUUUUAAUUAAAAGUGAACAGAAAGGUAACAGUAAAUCAAUUUUUUAUCCCAAUUAUGAAUUAACAUAAUACUGUCGAGUACAUAAUUCAUAAACACUCAAAAAAUCAAGCGAUAAAGGAGUAAAAACAUUACAAGUAUAGUAAACAAAAGAAACAAACAAAGAUUUCAUAAAUAAUCGCAAUACAUUAUAUUUUAGUUUAGAUUUUCCAAGGUGCAAAGCGAGGAAACGUUACGGUAAAUAGUAGAUCUUUAACUGUAACAUAGUUAAUUAUGAUAUUGGUGGGCAAAACAGAACUGUGGUGGCAGAGAGUAGCAAAAACAAGAGAGUGAACCCCGCGGGAUGUGCGGUGAAGUUGUUUUAUUUGUAAAGUUCAUUUUAUAAGAAAAAAAAAACCUUUUUAAUAAAAGCAAAAAUCAAUUGAGAAAAAAUGCGUAAACGAAUAACAAAAAAAAACUAGGAAAUAUUUAAUGAAUAACAAUAUACACAGUCACAUUACACGAGACAAACAAACACAAACACACAUUCAGACAUGGUAAGAAAUUAAACAGCAAACACUCAUUCAUAUUCAAACAAUCGCAAGUCCGUGUGAAAAAUCGUAGAAACACCCAAAUUCAACACUUAACAGGAAGUAAAGGCAAAUCACAUAACACACCUAUACACAUACAUGGAACAUUGAUUUGUAUCUUAAGAAGAAAAAAGAAAAAAGUUGUUUUUAUAUAUUUGUACGACAUAGUUAUUAGACAUUCAUAAACAAAAAAACGAUGUGUAGACUAAUUGAAGGUAAACAAACGACUAACACAUAGAAUAAACGGGAGUAAAGGAAGUAUCUGAGGCAGAAUAAUUUAUGUAUUCACCCCAAAAAAGCUCAAAUUUUAUGAAAACUUAACACUAGUAAACUUGUUCAUACGGUUUUGUUUGUUAUUAUGAAUGAGCAAUUAACUUACUUCGAAGAUUAUUUGAUGUUUUCUUUCUUCAAGUGGUCACACUGAAUAUAACUAACCAUUGAUGUAAACAAAAAAUUGAUUGAGAUCUCUCAAGUUUACGCUUAUCAUGAUCUUCCCUGUAAUGCCAUAGCAAAACACAAACGAAUGUGAGUAUAAAUCGUGCAACUAGUCGAAAUUAAUCAAGUUUUAUAUAAACCCAGUAACGCAAUAGUAAGCCAUCAAACAAUUCCGUAGGAGUGGGAAUAAAAAUAAAUCGUUGAGCUCUACAGGAGUGAAGGAGUUAAAACAAAACACAGGACACUACAAGUGAACAAGUAAACAACACUAACUGAACAAGCAAAGCAUAACAAUUAACCAUGUAAUAAAUGUGUAAAGAAAUCUAAAACAACUAUUAAUUAAUAAACAGAAGCAGGAAAGUGAGGUUAACCAAGAAUAUUAUCGCAAAAUGUGAGCGUCCAAAGAAUAGGUAACACACAUACAUACACGAGAAGACGUAUAGUGAAGCGAGAGAAACAUGCAUAUACACACAUACAACCCAUGCGUUCGAAAUCUGGGCAUGCAAAAACAACAAACGUACGUCCUCGUCAGUAUAAACCAAAUCAUAAUACUCACACGUAACAAACACAAAAGCAAGAAAACAAAUAUCACAUUCAAAAUACACAGCAACUAUGGAAUAUGGUUAAACGAAGCAAGAAUACAUACACGUAAGCGAAGGCCGAAACGAAUGUAAGCGGAAAAAAAACACUAACAAAAACGUCAAAGGGAAUCGCGACUCCCCUCGAAUAUCUUCCAAAUAGGUCUGUAUUUGUUUGGAAUACGAAAACAAGCACACUAACACAAUUCUUAUCCACCACCAACAAAACUGAACAAUGAAAAUAGUGACUUCCAAUUACAAUUUCAAGAAUCAAAGGUUCAGGAAUUUAAUAAUUUAUCAGAAUUUAACUUCGAAGUUUAAUUUUUAGCUAAAAGUGAUCAUUUAACUUGGUUCCCUGUACAUACUGAAGAUGCUAUCCAAAAAGUUCUGCAAGUAGAAUCCACGCUACUUCAAUUAAUAUCGUACAUAAUAGGUACACUAAUUCCCGAAAGCACAUGAUGAAUUUUUAGUUUUUAUUACUUAAAAGGACUUUGUUAAACCUUUCCAAAUUCAUGGAUAUAGUAAUGUUUACUGUAAAAUUAUUUUACUUCUAAUAACUGCGCCAUUGUGGUGAACUGCUUUAUUUUUUUUUUGUAUUCAUUGAAAAGCGACUGCUUCACCUUUGAAUAUUUCGGAACAUUCGAUCGAGCUCCCUCAUUUGUCAGCUGAAUAGUAUUUUGCAUUGUUACGAUUGGCUGCGAAUUCAAUUAAACCACUCUUAUUUUUAGUUGUAUUGUUGAACCAAACUCGCAAAGGUUUUGUCACCUCGAAUGUCAUUCAUGUAUGAUCUAUAACCGGGUCUUUCUGCUAUUGAUUUUUUUUGUCUAAACGACGUCACAUCAAUUAAACUUUUCUAAAUUUGCAGUCAAUAGAGUAUGAUCAGCAACCUCAGCAUGUUACACUUCUUUGCGAUGAGCGUUCGAUCAACCGAUUCUUCGAGCUCAUCAAAUCCUUGAGCUUUUCACUCUCGUUCUAUUGUAUUCAGAACCAGUGUGACAUACAAAUCCUGGCUCGGUCGUGAGCUACUCAGAUACUCUCCGACUGCGGAGUUGCUCGGAAACCGACGACCUGUUUCCAUGGAAGACUGUUACGUGAUCUGCACUACGGUUACAUACAUCACCUUGGUUUUUCCAAAACAACGCACGUCUAAAGAAUUUACCACUAUCAGUCGUUAGAUUAACGGUGAAGCAAAGCGAUUAAUGGUGCAACGACGAAACUGAAACCGGUAUAUCAACGAGUCGCGUUCUAUUCAAUGUAUGUAGUCCCCGGCGGUGAUUUGACCAGAUCUAUCUAAAUUUUAUUGGAAGUUACACUUUUACUACCAACUCGUUGGCUGCCAACAGUUCCCGUUCGAUGAACUCCAGAUGUUCUUCGUGUAGCACCAACAUCCGGAACAUUCACUGCACAUAAUUCGACGGUGACUUUUCUUGAUAACCGCAUCCUCCCUAGCUGAGAUUCGAAAGCAUAUGAUAGUUAAUGAUGUCAACAUAACAAGGUGGAGAUGACAAAACAACUAAAACUGCAACAACUUUUAACAAACGGUAUUGGACGUGAAAAAGUGCUGAAAAAGUGAAAAAGUGCAUACUGUAACACUUAUCUUGGACAUGCAAUCGCUGAUACCUAAAACGGCUUUUCAAUGGAAAGGGGCAGGGCCGGAUUUAUAUGGACAGAAAAGGUUGCUUUGGUACAUAAUAUUUGGGGGGGGGGCGGUGCCAAGGCCCUCCCGGCCCCCGCUAAAUGCGGCCCUGGAAAAGGGGCACGGAUUUUAGCGGUUCCGAACCCGAAACUUUCAUCGACACUUCAGACCAGUUUCACACAUGUCUAAUGCUUGGUUUUCCAGCUUCAUGGUUAUCCAGAAUUUGAUUUCUUCCAUCAUUUGGUGCAAGAACGAUGCCUUUACGGCAAUUAGUACCCCACCUUUGACAAAAAAGAUCUUCACAGCUCCAAAUACAGUUUUAUGGUAAUACAUUUAGCUAUUUAUGAGAUAUUGCGACAUAACAUUAAAUAGUACCCGGCAGUGAGCGAUGUGCCGAAAUGUGGUAUUUUUAACCAAAAUAGGAGUUCAGGAAAGGUGCGACAAAGUCGGCGUGAACUAACUGGAUCGAAUACCUUCACAGUUGGAUCGGAUACCAUGUCUUAAUUCCUAUCUAUAAGUAGAAUCCACUCGCAAAUGAAUUAGUGCGCGUUGUGUCGAAAUUCGUUGGCAUCAUCAUGGCAUAUGACGUUGUUGUCGUUAUCAAAGUGAAUUUCGCUCAUACAAAAGCAAAAACUUUCAAAGUCUUUUAUAAAAAGAGCCUUCCAAAAAACCCUGCUAAAACAUAUUCAUUGUCCAUCUGCAUUCUGCAUAAAUAAUUGCUGUGUUUUUUUUUUGAAAAUGCAUUGUAGAAUAUGAGUAGAUCGUUCCAAGCCAUCCGGGUAAAUGUAGCUCGAAAUGGCCCCUAAGUCGUAGUGAAUCAAUCAGUGGAUAGAAUCAACAACAACUCUGGCGAAUGUUGGGAGUUGGAACAAACGCCGCUCUGACUGCAUUUGCUGCUCAAGUGGAUUGAACAAAUUUACUUGAAAUCCACGGAAUUUUGAAGCAAUUCCCUCAGCAGAUAUAGCAUCAUGGUACUUAAAAUGUCGAAAUAGUGCCCGUAGUCUUUUAUUAGCCCCAAGAGCAACCUUCCUUCAUUUUUGCUGCAUCGAGGCGGCAUGCCCUGAAUGGUAUCCGUCUUCUUGAGUAGGGGAAGAGGCCCCAAGUGUCAAAAUAACAGAUAGGAAUGUGGGAAAACCCGAAAUUUUCCACAUUUUGAUGAAACAUCUAGCAUUUCGGCGAGGCAAAACGCCCUAGUGGAACUAAGCUACAAUGUACUACGCGUCUCCACGCGGUGUCCAUACCAGAAUGCAGAUUCGCCGAUGUUUGGUGCAUUGUUCCCUAAUAGUUGCCAGCAAAAAGGCGUGUUGCUCAUGAGUUUACCGGCAACGAAACAUUACCACUCAAUAUUAUUGAGAUUUUUCCCCCUACUUUGUGAAACCCACCUCGGUCGCGCAGGUGUUCACCUUAUUCAAUGCGAUCAGCAAAGAAAACACAAACACACAAACUUCAUACAGUCAAGCAAAAUGAAAAGCAUCGUUCAGACCUGCGUCGAGUGUUGAUUUUUUUAUACCCAAUGCGGCUUUUACUUCGGCACUUUCUUUAAAUCUUUCAUUUCACGCCAUAAUCAAUAUCAAUAUCGGUCUUAAAUGCCACCAGCCACCUACUCCAUCAACAACUUUCUCUGAAUCAUGCUUUUCGAUAUCAGUUUCGCUCUGUAAAAAUUUGGCCUAAACAUUCUUUGCGUAUCAAAGAAUAUUGUGGCCAAAUUUCAUGAGAUUUGAUCAACAAAAACCCCACUGACAAUAAUAGAACAAAACGAAUCAAAGUCGUCAUUUCCCCUAUUAGAUGGGCGUUUCAAAUCUUGUAAUCAACAAAGGUAAUCAACAUGUUUUGUGCAAGAUGGUACUUUAUGAGUCAGAUGUCCAUGUUUUUCAUCAUAGUAGCCCAAUUUUCAUACUUGAAAAGAAGCAAACCAAAACAAAACAAUAAAUUUGACAUUCAAGAUGCCGAUUGAACCAUUUAUGGAAAAUCCUGGUUACUAUGAUUGAAUCAUGUCGAUCACAAAUGGUCGGGACUCUGCCAAAACCAAGGCCAAAACGCAUCAAGCGGCUUAUAGCGGCUUUUUUCGUAAAAGCAUAACGGAAGUCAUUUCAUAUCAAUUCAUCCACACAUUUAUUGUAGGAUAUCCUUAGGUUCGGGGUAGUGGGAAAUCCAAUACGAUUUUUAUUCAAUUAAAAUGCUAAGCGAAAGCUGGGGCAGAAAAAUGGGUAAUCUUUUGUUGGAUCUUGGUGCCAUAUGGCAGAACCCCGGCCAAAUGCUGUAUGGGAUAACAGCGCCUCUAGCGUUUUAUUAUUAUGCUUCUACUUGUUAAAAGAGCUGAUUCAAAAGUAUAAAAUUGCUUAUGUCGUUCCUGUGCGCGUGACUAACAUCACGGUUACUUCGGUCAAAGUACUGGUACACCAAGUGUCGAACCGAUGUUGGUGAUGAAACCAAACAUGCACUACAACAUGAAGCUUGUUGAAGCAUAAUUUGGCAAAAUGAAUUAAAUAACUACAUCGCCAUUAGCGUUCUAGUACUUAUGCUUUUACUAUUUUAACUAUCAAUCAAUGGUCAAUUUGCUUCCUCAGUUAACAGUCCCGUUUCAAGUACUCCUGUCUUAACCUUUGAUAGCUCUGUUCUAACGUUUACUACUUUUAUACUACUCUUAGGGUGCGGCCAGAGUAGACGCGAAAUGGGAAGCGAAGCGAAGCGUCCAUACGAUUUGACAGCUUCGGACAGCGGGGACGUUUAUUGUAUCUAAUAUAGGCCCGAUGCCCACGUAGCGUCUUUUCAACGCUGCGUGCACACGGCGUUAAAAGGACGCAUGUGUGCAUCGGGAAAAAGCGGUAACGCAGCGUCGCCGCACCGAUACACACCUGCGUUUUUCUAACGCCACGUGCACGCAGCGUUCAAAAAACGCUAUGUGGGCAUCGGCCCCUAAUGUGCUGGUAGCGUUUUCGUUUUUAUCCGGCGACAGCGGCAGUGGCGGCGGCGUGAAUCAACGCGGCAAAGUUUUUUAUCCUCAUGCGAAUUUUAAGGGCACUAAAUGUCAGCACGCUGCUAACUAGCUCAUCUCCUAAUAAAGAAUUCUCAUGAGCGGCGACUGCUUGCUUCGGGUAGAUAUAUUUACCUUACCCAAUGGAACUGAAGUAGACAAUACAAAAGAAAAGCACCCUCCCUCCCUUCAACAUUUCAAAACAAUUGAGCAGGCGAAACAAAAUUAUCCGCAUGGAGUCAGACUAAGCUUCGUCAUGUGGCGCUCGUGUCGCGCUUCUAUGGGGCCGACGACCCUUCGUAAUUCACACUUCCAACUUGUUGAGCUGCUCCCGAAUAAUGCGGAACGGAGCAAAAUAUUGCAUACAACAUUUGCAGAGAUAGCAUAAGGUCAGCCCUGAGCACCUCCGCCGAUAGCCGAUCAAACUUGGGACCCUUUUAGAUUUCACGCUUUGGAUGGCUGCUUCUUGAUGAAUACUGGCUGAAACUUGAAGAAUUUGUUCGAAGUGCUCAAAACAACAUGCUCUGCAGCAGAGCAAGACUUCCACAUACAAAGAUACAUACCGUUUACGGGACUCGUACUUUACUCCCGGAGAGCUUUGGUUCUUUCCGUUCCGUAGCCUUUGCUUCUCUACGCUCCUCAAUCUUCCGUCGGGCUUCUAAUAUUUUCGCUGAGUGCGCACAGCUGGAUUUUCUAGUCAGUCCAUGUUGAUUCGCCGCCCGAGCCUCGCCUACCGCCUCUGAAUCUGAUUAAUGCGUAGUCAGAUCUCGCCUAUUAGAUAAUUAUGGUCAAACGCUGUCGGCUACUGACAAGCGGGCGCGGGUCUCCUCUACGAUGUUUCACGUGUUGCCUGGUUUGAGCAAGGGCAAAUCCGUUGAUGCCAGAGAAAAACGCGACAUGUCAGUCACUCACUGAUCCAACACGAUCAUCUGAAUAAUUGGCUCGACCACUUCGAACAACUUCUUCAGGUUUUGACGCUUGAACAUCCCGGCAUGUGCCGCCAUCAAGACUGCGACGCAGGAGGUUGAAGCUGCUACCAUAAAUAUGGAUCGAUCGCAUAUCAGCAGAGAUGCUCAAAUUCAACCCUAUGCCAUCCGCGCAAAUGCUACAUCAACAAUUCUGCAAUAUUUCGGACACCAUGACUUUUCCGGCGGACUGAAUGCAAGGCGUCCUAGCGAUAGUUUCCAAUGGAGGCGAUCUGACUGUAUGCGACAUCUGCAGGGAUAUCAUAUUACUGUACAUUGUUUUCAAAACUCUGCGCAAAGUUAUCCUCAUUCGGAAAUAGAGAAAGGUCAGUCCUCCGAAGCAGUGGGCAGAAUUAUGCCCGGAGGACCAUGCGAGAACCAUACUGUCACGCUCUGCAUCAACCUGCAGCAGGUCAAUGAAUUCCAAGAAUCCCUCUAUUUGGUACUCAUUGAUCACGGGACCUUCCAUAACCGUAUGGUAAGAUGCGCGGCUGCAAAGCAAGACCAUGCUGAAGGUGACUGGGUUUGAUUUCCGGUCCGGUCUAAGAAAUUUUCUCAACUUUCUUGGACAUAAAUGUAUCAUCGGGUUAGCCUCCUACUUACUCCUACCUACUUACUUAUGGGUCCUGAACACCUUCGGUCGUGCAAGGGGCUGACUUGACAGAUCUCCAUUCUGAGCGAUGUCCAGCUAUCGCUUUAACCUGAUCUCAGCCGCAUGAUAUACGAGUGCAAAAAUGGUAACUCGGCUUAGAAACCUCGCAGUUAACAACUGUGGAAGUGCUUCAUGAACACUAGGCUGCGAGGCGGUAAUGUCUUAGUGGGAGAUGUGUAAUGCCAAUAUGAAGAAGAUGACCACGGAAAAUGCUUCAAUCAUCUGAACCACAGAGAAGGUUUAGAAAAAUCGUUGACCUCACCGAAGCGCAGUACGAAGCUAUCACGUGCAAACAUAUUUGCAAACUGCUGAGUACGAAACUCACAUAAACAACUCUAGAACGUCUUGGAUAAAAUGUUACCGAAUGCAUAGAUGCUUGGCCAGGUAUUAUACGAUUGGUUCCGUGCUUUACUGAUGGCUGAUUGAUUGUCACAACACGGGAUGGGAAUGCUUUGAACAUAAAAUAUCUGCCAUUGAAAGUGGUACCACCACAGGGCUUCCUGAUUAGAGCGGGAAAGUGCAACGUAUUUUGCUUCGCACAACGAUAUGGGCAACUACUGUUGUUUUCCGUCUCAUUUUACGAGACACAGCUCCUCUCAUGAACGUGAAGACGUAUCCAGUAGUGAAUUUCCUGGAAUCUUGUUCUCCUCCCCAAUCGGCAUCGAUAUACCCAAACAAUUUCUAACUUCGAUCCUUCGAAUAUGUUAACCGAUUCGAUUUCGUACCCCGUAGGUACCGUAUUAUGCACUUGAUAAGAUGCCAAUGGCUGCGUCCCGGAUUUGCAUUGAAUUGGCUGAUUUGAUUGACCGCAAAACUAAUAUCCAGCCGCGUUGCAUGCGCAGGAUAAGUAAGACAGCCAACUGCCUCCUGUUAUUAACUUCUUUACUCUCCAGGGCUUCGUCCGGCGUUGUUGGCGGCAUUGAUUUAUCCAGCUUGAUACGCGCCUCCGCUGGUAUGGAAACAGGAUCUUGGCCGACCAACAGCUUACCGUCCUUGCGGUCCCGUGUGAUUCGCAGUUGCAUGCAAAAAGCUGCUUGACCAAGAUCCUUCAUCUUGAAGCGAUUGAGGAGAAACGAUUUCAACGCAUUCUUCAGUUUGGCGUUGUACGUAAAAAUCAUUGAAUCGUCUAUCGUCGUUUUGUCACCAUCGAUUCGGAAGUACAAGCACGGAUCUACUUUGGACUUCUCAAGCCUAAACACUUUCAUCGCCUUGUCCAACUUAGAGUUCUACACUCGAAUCGACUGUUUGAGCCCGUAGAGUGCCUUUCGCAACCGACAAACUUGCCUCGUCCGUCAAUUUUCCAGAAGUCAGAAGGUAUCGGAUGGUGGAAUACCGUACCAGCAGAUCAUAAACUUCGCCGAAAUCGAUUCCUGGCCGCUACGAGCCAAUCCAAUCGAGCUACGUCCAAUAACUUCACCAAAUAAAGAAAUAUUUGUAACGUAAUCUGAUUGCGACGGAAGCGCAGGCUCGAUAUUGACAUCCAGAUAUUCUGAAUCACUCGAAUGUGUUUCGGAUGUAGUGAACCCUUCAAACUCAUCCUCGCUGUCAGCCCAAAAUUCUUUCGACAAACACGAAUCGUUAAUCAUGUUUCUUGCUUUUUCGACGAGUGUCCGGUUCAUUCUCUCCAUCACACCAUUUUGCUCGGGAGAGUACGUAUAAGUUUUCUCGUGGAGUACUCUUGAACAUUUUAGGUCUGGUGUUCCGCCAUUGACUUAAAUUUUUCAUAGGCUCCAAACACCAAACACUGCGGGAUCUCAGACUGCUCUGUAAAAAUGGAACUGAACAAAUAUAUGGUCAGUCAAAUCACAUCAAACUGGAAUGCACUUCCCCAUACGAGCCAAUCCAAAAGGCUCGUAACGAUUAACCCCAAGAAAACCCAACAACUAUUAGGUCUCAACAAAAGGGAUCUCAACAUCUACACCGGUCUAAUAACUGGACACUGCCCCUGCAGAUACCAUCUACAAAAGAUCGGAGCAAUCCAAACCUCAAAUUGCCGCUUCUGUGACGAGGAGAGAGAAACAUCAGAACACAUCCUCUGCUAUUGCAGUGCACUCACCCAACGUAGGUUCAAAGUUCUCAGCAAGCCCUUUUUAGGGCCUGCUGACAUAUGGAUCUUAUCCCCCAAGGACGUGGUUGGCUUCAUAAAGCUAGUCUCGCCAGAAUGGGGGAGUCACAUACUGUAACUCAGGAUCUCUAUUCAUCAAUAAUAGAUGGUCUUGAGUUCAGUCGAUACCAAGGUAUCUCAGUGACAAACAUGUUACUGAGAUAACUUGCGUAUUUCACAGUAAAAGGGUAUAUCACAAUAGUCCUAAAAUCUGGACGCAGUGAUCUUCACCCGACAAACGAGGAAGGAAAAAAAAACACUUCAUUAUUUCGUUCCAGGUAAUAUAAGAAACUUUUACGACUUGCAUCGUCGAUAAACGUCAUCAUAUACUGGCUGCCAACAAGCGAUGUAACUUCAAUGGGACCCACCAAGUCUGAAUAAACUAAUUCGAGUAGCCCACGACGAAGGAAAAGAAUCAGCUCAAGGAUGCUUACCUUCAGUACAAGGGAUGCAUUCUUGUACAACUUCAUUUACUAACUCAAUUCUGUCUGUCAUCAACACAAGCUUGUGUAAACUUUGGCGAUUGUAAUCACCAGACGGCAGUGUUAGAUGUAAUGAGGGCUUAAUUUUUUGUCUUUAUUUAGGAGACUUUCAGCCCAAGGCUGGCUCGUCUCCAGAGGGCUUACUCAGUUGUGGCACGCCGAACUUCCACGCCGUUUGAAUUUCAGAUUUGAGUAUAUCGCACCUUCUCCGUUGGCAUUUUUAGGAGCAAACGACAAUUUCACGUCUGCAUAUUUUUUUUUUCUUUAACUGCAUCUGAUGUCAACGCAGUGUCCGAUGCUUCGAGUCCCAUAAUCAUGGGUGCGUAGAACUUCGGAAAUCCCACUAGCAACCACGCAGCAAGUCGACCUUGAAGCCGAUUCCUGCAAGGUUAUGUGGUGCUGUGAACAUCAGCUCAUCAACGUAGGAUUCCACGCUACCGCAUUCGUCCAAACGAAUUUAGGUUAGCUUCCUUAGCAACCCGAUUUUCCUGGUCAGACCGUUGUCCUGAAAAGCAUUCUGUAGCUUUUUCGAAGCUUUUCUUGCAUUCUAAGAGUCCUGGAUGAGACUGUAGAUCAUCGUUUCCAGGCUCAGGUAAAUUGUCGCCAGCGUCCGCAAUCUGACAUCAUCGUCGUUUGCAUGCCCUCGUAAUUUUUGACUCCUAUUUUCAUUAUUAUUUCUAAUAUUAUUAUUACUGUUUUAUCAAUUGAGGCACAAAUAGGUUAUGAGUUAUUCGUUUGUAAUCAAUUUGUCCCUUAAUUUGGAUAGCUAAAAAUAAACUGAACCAAAUGGACUAUUUCUCUCUAGUUUUCCUGUGUGAGCAUUAUUGGUAACAUGCUUUUCACGAUUACCAAUGUUUAAUGCUCUGACAAUUUCUCAUGUGAUUUGACUGUUGAGGGACAGCUAAAAGCAAAUAAUGGUCAUGUUUUACGCUUAUCACAUGUGGACCAUGCUGUUCCACAUGUGAUAGUCAUUAUCUAUGUGCUAUUUUGGAAGAUUGUUCAGGAAUACUUACAGAACAUAUUUACCCAAAUAACCCCGUUGACUCAGUUCCCAUAAAAAAAACUGUCACUACCCGAACCCCUGGUGUACACAACCACAAAUUCCACACACAUAAGCGCCAAGUUGAAGGUAAUCAACUAAAAACUGUAAAUCCCUAUGAUUAGCUGUUCGUUAAACGAAAGUAACACCCGAGAGAAUCAAUCGAAACCAAACAAACAAAAUCAGCAACAAUUUGAACAGAUUUCUGUGUUGCAAUUGUCAGUUAAAGCACAAAACCAAUAAUAGACGAUGAAAAGCCUGACAAACGCAGGAAUCUUGCAAGCCUUUUUCCAGCUCAAGUAGGCUUUGGAAUCAAUCAAUCCGCAAUAAAAAAAAGGACCUGUACGCGCAUCAAGUUUAUAAUCACUGCCUAAUAAAAUAAUACAAAAAAAAAAACAAAAAUACAUAUUGAAAAUUUUACUGAUCAACACAAAAAAAUUAAAACAUUCAAUAUUUGUGGUAUUACACGUUAGAAUUUCCACCCAAGAAACCAUGCAAGGGUAGAAACAACGAUGUCUACAAACAUGCACGAAAAUGACAACUAGAUUCAUAAUCAAUGAGAUAGGUACGAGCACAAACAAACACAUACACACAGACACAUAAACUGAACACAAAACAUAGUUGCGUUUACAGGAAGUCCCUUUAAAGAAGGAGCUCGUUUCGCAAAAUCGUUCCGCAAAGUCAGAAUAAAUUAACAAAAAGAAAACUAGAAAAAUACGAAUAACUUUUAUACAACCCUAUUAAAAACAUAGUGGACUGCACGCGAAUGAUUCUCAGAAACGGCUUCCUUCACCGGCAACACCACCGUUGUCGAAACGAUUCCAAAGCUUAGUUUGAUCGAUGACCGGUUCCAACAGUAACAUACAAGCCCGUAUAACUCGUAUAAGGUAGAAAGUGAUAGUAGAUUUUUUUUUGCAAAAAAUUAACGGAAACAAAUUGUGUAAAGUUAUAACGACGCACGGUGCGAUACGGUCUCUCAUUGUUCGGGAUGGGGGUCACUUGAAAUAUGUCUAGCGCCUAGACCAACCAAAUCAAUUAAUUUCCUGAUGAGAAUGGCAUAAAAAUAUUCAUUUGAAUAAUUAUUGUAGUACAAUUUCUUUAGACAUCACAUCAUCAGAUUUCACUCAAACUUGAACUGGCGUUAAAAUUCAUCGACUCCGUCACAAACAGAUCGUUUAAAAUUUUCUAAAAUCUCAGUCAUCCUAUCAUGUUUUUACUUUUUUUUUUCAAUUUCCUCCACCCCACAAUGAGGAAAUCAAAGCGUAUUAAUACCGAUAAACGAGACAAAAACGUGGGACAGCGGCCACAUUAUGUGCAACCCCAUGUUUAUGGAACUGAAUAGCCAAAAAACUCAUACAAUGAGAUCACACUAUGCUCGUCUGCUCACGAAUGCGCAGCAUGGUUGUUUAUAGAUCAUCAGAUCGUGUGUAACGAAUGAAACAUAAAAAUACGUUUUCAACCGUAAAAAAAAGUACUGAUACCAGAGACGGGCAUGGUGAGAUCGGUUGGCAUUAAUCUAAAGGCAAAGAAAAAUUAAUGGAAACAAGUAAAAGUAAUUCCUAAUGUUGUUUGUUAUAAUAAAAAAUAAACUGUUACAUAAAUUAUAAAAUAACAGCAAAAAAUAAUAAAAAGAAGAAAACAUCUGAAAAUAAUGAAAAAAACUGAAGAAAUGUUAAGAGUAUAGAACUCAUUUUGAUAUUAAUUAAUAAAAAGAAGAAAUGGAGGAAGACGUAAUUUUAAGAAUCAAUAACGUGAGUUAACGAAAAAUAUAAGAUAAUGAUUUAAAAACAAAAGUGUUUUUUCGACAAA